AUGGCCGGGGCGUCUGAUAGGAUGGCUGAAUUUGUGAAGGCCUUGGUGGAGUACGGCAUAGACUCCGGCGAUUGGAGCUAUGUCCUGUCCAAGGAUGGUUCGAACCAGGCCAAGUUGCAACAGCUGUGCCGCUCCAUUUUGGAAACAAAGUGGAGCCAAGAAAAACCGGAGGCUCUGGAAGGCACCAUAGCUGGCAAAAUCUUGCAGUGCUGGAAGGACGGAAAAUCGGGCAAAGAGCUAUGGAAAGACAUUGCUCAGGAGCUUGAGUACGAUGAGAAGGUGAAACGGAGCUCCUGGAAGGAGAAGGAGAAUAUGGUCCAAGAAGAUCAAGACAAGUUAAAAUGCCUCGAAGAAGGCAUGUUGGUCAAGACCCAUGAUGACAAAGAGCUCAAGUUACAUGCCACUGACAUGCAAAAGCAGCAGCAGGGGGUCUUCAACAAAGGCAGAAAUCCUCAGUGGACACUUCUUGCAGGUGAAGUAGCUGAAGUGACUCAAGUGCACCCUACGGGGUCCUUUCGUUUGCAACGUCAGGGAGGCGAUGAAAGCUUCUUGGCAGCGCCUUCCAUCGCUCGGCGCCUUUGUAUCGCAGAGAAUAAACAUCGCUUGAAUCCGCCGGAGAAAAAGUUGAUUGGAAAACCGAAGGAAUGGGCUGAUGAGCUCAAGAAGAAGUGGCCUGUUUUUGAUGACACCAACCUGAAACCAAUCACAAGAGACCAUGGUGGCCAAGAAUUGAAGGACGCCAAGAUUGAGACUCCUAGGCCUGACAAUUUGAAAUUGAUAUUCACAGCUCAAAGCAUGGACCAGAGGCCCAGGAGCCCUUAUCUUGGAAGAAGUCCCAUCAAGUACGCAUCAGAUCUACUUCUACUCCCUGCAGUUUGCGCACUUGUCAAGACAAUUAAGCCUGUGAAGAGAGAAGCAGCACAGGAACUGCUUGGAAAGAUCCAGCGGCAGGAAAUCGAUAUGGGCGAGCCCGGCGUGGGAGGCUUUGCUUGGCAGUCUUUGGCAACGAAUGGUUUCCGAGCAGGCAACAUGGACAAAGCAAUCCUCAUAGCAUCGAUACCCGGUGCAGAUCAAGCCCUUUACAAUGAUGUCCUGUUCAUGUCGUUGAUGCAUGACUUUCACUUUGCCAUUACUUGGGAGCAGCACUAUGGCAAUGUGUGGCUGGCCAACUGGUUGCGGGAGCUUCUUGUCGGUGUUGUUGGAGGUGCUAAGCCCAUUGUCAUCACUGGGGCCAAACAAAAGGAUGACACAGGCAAGGAAGGCCUGCACAAAGGGGCAAUCGGCUAUGCGCAGACGUCGGAGGUGUUCCUUUGCUUGGCCUUGGGUAUUGACUUUGAGGUGGUUUUUGUCAAGGACCUGUUCGAUGCCUUUCGUCCUUUAGUCAGUCUUGCCAAGAAGAAGGACUGGGAACAGCUGGAAAAGAGCCUUAAAGAGUUUGAACCAGGCUAUCUCCAGGAGUGUCUCCGUCACACAGAUGCUGCGGGCAAGAGUGCGCUCUUUACGCUAAUCCGAGAGGCUGCACGGCCAGAUGGAAAAUUCAAGAGAGCAAAUGAGAUCGAUCCCCACAAGAUUGUGAAGGAGCUUCUGGACAAAAAAGCUGAUCCAGCUCAAUCGGAUUUCUAUGGCUGGAACUCUUUGCAUCUUGCUGCGCGCUUCAGCACCCCCAAAACCAUCGGGGUUUUGGUCCAGUGCCAGCCUGAGCUCUUGAAUAAGAAGGACGCAAAGGGCCGUUCUCCCUUGUACAGAGCCAUCAAGCAUCAAAACAAGGUUGCAGCCGAGAAGUUGAAAGAAUUGGGAGCCACUAUGGAUGGGACAGAACAAGAUAGCUUGCUCUUGGCGAGUCUAGCUUCAUGA